AUGCAAACCCCAACCUUUCUCACAUACUUGCACAGCUUCCAUUCACCAACCAUGGAAGCUAGUACUGGACUUUUUGCUGGUACUCCAAACAGCAAUGAGCUUGUGGCCAUUCAAGGACAUGAUGAGCCUAAGCCUGUGAAGAACUUAGAUGGUCAGCUCUGUGAGAUAUGUGGUGAUUCUGUGGGCGUUACGGUGGAAGGAGACUUAUUUGUUGCUUGUGAAGAGUGUGGUUUCCCUGUGUGCAGACCAUGCUAUGAGUAUGAGAGAAGGGAAGGGAAUCAAGUUUGUCCUCAGUGUCAUACAAGAUACAAGCGCAUCAAAGGAAGUCCAAGAGUGGAGGGAGAUGAGGAUGAAGACGAUGUGGAUGAUAUUGAACAUGAAUUCAAACAUGAAGAGAUGCAGAAAGGGAACAUGAUCCAUGGAGAUGAUGGCAAUUCUAAAUCAAAAGCGGUUAAUGGGGAGCUGCUUUCCACCAGUUUGGGAGAACCUGGUGCAAAGUUGGAUGACAAGGAGGAAAUAGAUGAGUGGAGGUUGCACCAAGGGAAUGUAUGGCCUGAAACUGAUUCCUCAGUUGAUCCUGAAAAGGCCAUGAAAGAGCCACUGUCAAGGAAAGUAGCAAUACCAUCAGGCAAACUCAGUCCUUACAGAAUGAUGGUUGUGGCUAGACUUCUCCUUCUAUUACUCUUCUUUCAGUACAGAAUCUUCCACCCAGUUCCCGAUGCAGUUGGACUAUGGUUCAUAUCUGUGACAUGUGAAAUCUGGCUUGCAUUAUCCUGGAUGAUUGAUCAGAUUCCCAAAUGGUUCCCCAUUGAUCGUGAGACAUAUCUUGAUCGUCUUUCAAUCAGGUUUGAACCGGAGAACAAGCCCAAUAUGCUUUCUCCAAUAGAUAUCAUUGUCACUACUGUGGAUCCAAUCAAGGAACCUCCUCUUGUGACAGCCAACACUGUUCUUUCAAUCUUGGCCCUGGAUUACCCUGCUGACAAAAUCUCAUGCUACGUUUCUGAUGAUGGAGCUUCCAUGCUUACCUUUGAAGCUCUUCAAGAAACAGCUGAGUUUUCCAGAAAGUGGGUACCUUUCUGCAAAAAAUUCUCCGUAGAACCAAGAGCACCAGAAAAGUACUUCUCCGAGAAAAUAGAUUUUCUAAAGGAUAAGCUUCAAUCCACCUAUGUAAAAGAACGUCGUACUAUGAAGAGAGAAUAUGAAGAAUUUAAGGUGAGAAUAAAUGCACUAGUGGCUAAAUCCAUGCGAGUUCCCCCAGAAGGGUGGACCAUGAAAGAUGAGACACCAUGGCCAGGAAACAACCCCAACGACCAUCCAAGUAUGAUACAAGUCCUUCUUCCUCACAAUGUAGGUAAUGAACUUCCUUGUCUUCUCUACACAUCUCGUGAGAAAAGGCCUGCAUUUCAACACCACAGCAAAACUGGCGCCAUCAACGCCUUGCUUCGCGUAUCAGCAGUGUUGAGCAAUGCUCCUUUUGUGCUCAACUUGGAUUGCAAUCAUUAUGUAAAUAACAGCAAAGUCGUGCGAGAGGCCAUGUGUUUCUUUAUGGACAUACAACUUGGGAAUGGCAUUGGCUUUGUACAGUUUCCACUAAGAUUUGACAGCCUAGAUAGAAAUGAUCGUUAUGCCAACAAAAACACCGUUCUAUUUGAUAUUAACUUGAGGUGCCUAGAUGGAAUUCAAGGACCUGUUUAUGUUGGUUCAGCAUGUAUCUUCAGAAGGAAAGCCUUAACUGGCUUUGACUCACCAACGUCUUCAAAACGCCCAAGCAUGGUGCAAGUACACUCAAAACAGGAUGAGAAUGGAGAAGAAGCUAGCGUAACAGCAGCAACAGAUGAGGAAAAGGAGCUAUUGAAGUCACAGAUGAAUGAUGAAAAUAAAUUUGGGAAGUCCACACUCUUCAUGAACUCUUCAUUAACAGAAGAAGGUGGUGUUGAUCCUUCUUCCAGUCAGGAAGUCCUGCUUAAAGAAGCCAUUCAUGUAAUGAGUUCUAGAUAUGAAGACAGAACUCUCUGGGGAGAUGAGGUGGGUUUAAGCUAUGGAUCUAUAGCAGCAGAUACUCUGACAAGUUUGAAGAUGCAUUGUCAUGGUUGGAGGUCUGUAUAUUGCAUGCCAAAAAGAGAUCCAUUCAGGGGUACAGCUCCCAUCAACCUCACAGAUAGACUCAACCAGGUGCUGAGAUGGGCAGUGGGAUCACUUCAGAUUCUAUUCAGCCGCCAUUGCCCUCUUCUGUAUGGCCUCAAUGGUGGAAGACUCAAGGGACUCCAACGAAUUGCCUAUGUUAAUAGCACUGUCUACCCCUUCAGCUCAAUACCUCUCCUAAUAUAUUGUAUCAUUCCUGCUAUAUGCUUGCUCACAGAUAAAUUCAUCACACCAUCGGUAGGCACUUUUGCAAGUCUAAUCUUCAUCUCAUUGUUCAUCUCUAUCUUUGCCUCGGCCAUUCUUGAAUUGAGAUGGAGUGGAGUUAGCCUUGAGGAAUGGUGGAGAAGCCAGCAAUUCUGGGUGAUUGGCAGUGUGUCUGCAAACCUCUUUGCGGUUAUGCAAGGCAUUAUGGGAGCCCUGCCACUGGGUAGAGUCAACACAAACUUCAGCAUUGUCUCAAAGGCACCAGAUGAUGUAGAGUUUCGUGAACUCUAUGCCAUUAGAUGGACUGCACUUCUAAUACCCCCAACCACCAUCAUCAUAAUCAACCUCAUUGGUAUUGUGGCUGGCUUCACAGAUUCCAUAAACAGUGGUGAACAUUCUUGGGGAGCACUGCUUGGGAAACUCUUCUUCUCUUUAUGGGUUAUUGUCCAUAUGUACCCUUUCCUUAAAGGUCUAAUGGGUAGGCAGAACAGAACACCAACUCUUAUUGUCAUAUGGUCUGUGCUUUUGGCUUCCAUCUUCUCCUUGGUUUGGGUGAGAGUUGACCCUUUUGUAUUGAAAACAAAGGGGCCUGAUGUCAAGCAAUGUGGAAUCAGUUGCUGA